CCCGCCCCCGCUGUCUGCCCAAUGGCCGCGCGGCCCUACCCCCCGCCCUUCCCUCCCUGCAGGGGAGGGUUCCCGGCUGUCCGCGACUGGAGGCAGGUCGCCGGGUCGUGGCUACCCAAGGCCAGAGCCCUCUGCCACUUCAGAACCCGGACAGCGAUGACGUUUGCUGAGGACAAGACUUAUCAGUAUAUCCGCAACCAUCACGGCAAUUUUUGCAAUAUUCAUGUUCUGGAGAUUCUGCCUUACCUGUCCUGCCUCACAACAAGUGACCAGGACCGACUGCGGGCCUCCUAUGAGCGCUGGGGGAACCAGGGCACUCUCUGGGACCUCUUCAACAGCCUUCGGCGGAGGAACGGCUGGGUGCCUUCCUUCAUUGGGGCACUGAGGGCCUGUGAACUGUCUAGUCUCGCUGAUGAAGUGGACCGAGUCUACCAGAGCAACCUGCUACGGAAUCCGAACCACCCCCCAUCUCCACUGGAGCGGCCAUCAGUUUCUGCUGGGGUUCCAGGGCCCUCCACACCUGCUGUGGCCCCCAGCAUCCCCUGCAAUGGCUACAGAGAGGACGAGCCAAGUUACCCUAUGCCUGUCCAGGACACCGAGCCACCAGAGUCCCUGGGAGAGAGUUCGAAGAAAGCCCCACAGCCACCCAGCUCUGGGGCUGUCCUCAAGAGGCUGGGUGGCCCCCUGCAGCCCUCGUCUGACAUGGUGGCCCUCAGCCCUCUGACCUGCAGUGGACAUCAGGAGCAAGACACAGAACUGGGCACUACCCACACAGCAGGCAUGGUGUCCAGUUUCACAUCAUCCUAUGGGCCUGUGUCUCCGACUGUCUCCUUCCAGCCCUUGGUCCGUUCUACCCCCAGGGCAAGCCGCUUGCCUGGACCCCCAGUGUCAGCUCCAUCUAUUGGCACCUCCUCCUCCACUGGCUUGGCAUCUGCAGGAGGUGCUGCUGACCAGGCUGAAGAUACCAUCUGCUCCAGCGGGGCAGGGGUGCCCACCAACUCUCUGACUGCCAGCACAGUGCCCUCCAAGGUGCCCACCAACUCAGCAUUUGGCAGCACAGUGUCUUCCAAGUUGUCCACCAGCUUGAAGCCCCCUGGUGCAAUGCCCACUAAUGUGCUCACCAGUUUAGCACCAUCCAAAUUGCCCAUCAACUCAGUGCGUUCUGGCAUGGUGCCACCCAAAGUGCCUACUGGCUUGGUGCCUGACCACAGGAAACAUAUGUGCACAGUGCCCAGAAAGCUGCCUGCCAACACAGGGCCCACCAUCAGGAACAGCAACAGACUCGUGGAGGAGACUCCAGCAUCUCCAGGGCCCACAGGUACUGCCACUGGAGGCACCUCGCCAUGGCCAGAUAGCAGCUCUGACUGCUGGGGAUCAGAGCUGGAGCUGAGCAAGCCUGGCAGGCUGAUAUCCAGAAUGGACAGCCAACCGUUCUCGGGCUGCUCCGCAGACCUCGCCAUCAGCCACAGUAACUCCCUGGGCGUGGGGCCUGACAACGCUCCGGAGGAGAACGAGUACGAGUCGGAGGACACCAUUAGGAUCCACGGGGGCCCCAGUACCCCCAUCCUGGGGGACAGCCCUGGGACACACACCACCCCAGGAUUCCGGGAGGAGGAAGAGUUGGAGGAGUUGCUGGUGGUCAGGACCUCGCCCUGGGCUCCGUGGCUCGGGGUGGCUGUGGCUGGGGUGCUCCUAGCUGCACUCCUGGCCACACUGCACCGGCGGCGUCUACUCCAGUGAAACUCCUGGGCCCUCCCUAUAACGCAUCUGCUCCCUUUCCCAUGGUACAUCUGCCUGAGCCACUGAGUUGAGCUGUCCCACCAUCCUUGACCCUAUCUUGGGGCUGGCAGAGGCUGGGUCAGAGGCGAGGCAGCAUUUCCGUCCCAGCUCGUGCCCUUGGUGGCUCCCCCACCAUCCUUGGCUUUCUGGGCCCUGGGCUGCCCUGAGUGCUCCCGACCUCGCCCCCCUGGCCAUCUGGUUGUUGCCCUUAUCCUCUGGAGGAGGUGCCCCCGUCUAGGCCUUAUCCUUCUUUACCCAAGUGCAAGGAUCAGGAGGUGCUGCUGGAGACCGCAGGGGGUUGGAAACAUCCCCCAUCCUGCCCUGGUCCCUGGCAGCCAAUGGGGGGGGGGUAGGGGACCCCAUAGAACAUCACUCCAGACCCCAGUGGCCCAGCCUCAGGCUAUUGCCCCAGGAGCAGUGGAGUGGCCCAUCUUCAAGGACUUAGUCCCCUGCCUCUCUGGUUCCCCUCCCCUGCCACACAAGGUUGAGGAGGAGGUCUGGAGAUUCCCAUGGACCCCUGGGAAGCCUGAUCAGGUGCUAGGCCUGAGGACCACCUAAGUGCCCCUCUCCAGCCUUCUCAUCCUGGUCUCUGUUCUCUUCAGCUCCGUAU